UACAUUACACACCUGACACCACACCACUUGUUUCUCUCUGCAAAUCCGCCAUUCUCUCUCUCUCUCUAAAAUGAUGUACAUUUUCCAAAUCAACAUCUAAAGCUUUUUUCUUUCUUUCUUUCUUUAUCUGACUUCAAUGGAGGGUCACUCCGAUUCCACUCAGCGACCCAACUCGGACAACAACAACAACAACAGUAACAACAACGACCAACGAGUCUACUUCGUUCCCUACAGGUGGUGGAAGGAUGCGCAAGAUUCAAUGCGAGUUGAUUCGGAUUCGGAUUCGCGUUUGGAUUCGGAAUCAAAUAAGGGGGUAGUGUACUCGGCUUCGCCAGCUUCUUCAUAUGCAGGUCCUAUGAAGCUCAUUAACAACAUAUUCAGCUUGGAUCUUGUUUUCAAUCUGAGAAGAGAGGAGGGUUCAGAUUCAGUGCACAGGGAAAAUGGUGAAGUUGGUGUCUCCGGCCGGGACUAUGCCUUGGUCCCUGGCCAAAUGUGGGUCCAGGCACUCAGAUGGCAUAGUGAUUCUAAAGUUGCCAUGAAAAAUGGUAAGAGCUUUUUAGCUUCCGAAGAUGAUAUUACAGAUGUCUAUCCUCUAAAACUACGACUUUCUGUUCUGCGGGAAACAAAUUCGUUGGGAGUAAGAAUAUGCAAAAAGGAUAAUGCAGGGGAGCGCUUCAGAAGAGCCUGCAAAAUCUUCACUGUAGAGUCUGAGCUGUUUCGCGUCUGGGACUUUUCUGGGCAGACAAACCUGUUUUUUACAAAUGAAAAAAAUAAGUUUCUAAAAGAUUCUCAGCGGCAAUCAGAUCAUGAUUUGUGUUAUGCAUCUAUACAGAUUGUACUGGACUUGCAAAUUUAUGGGUUGUCAGACUCUGUGAAGUGCAAGGAUGGAAAAAAAGAUGAGAGUGUGGCAAAUUCAUCUUCUGGCCCUUCACUAAUGAUGAAUGGUAGUGCUGGCAAUAUGAACUCUAAUUUCGUUCGUGCAAGUUCUGGUGAAGCUGGUUCUUUGGGAUUGACCGGGUUGCAAAAUCUUGGAAAUACUUGUUUCAUGAACAGUUCUCUGCAGUGCUUGGCCCACACGCCGAAACUUGUUGACUAUUUUCUUGGAGAUUAUGGUAGAGAAAUAAAUCAUGACAACCCAUUGGGCAUGGAUGGUGAGAUUGCUUUAGCAUUUGGAGAUCUGUUAAGGAAAUUAUGGGCUCCUGGAGCAGCUCCAGUGGCACCAAGAUUAUUUAAGUCAAAGCUAGCUCGAUUUGCUCCUCAAUUCAGUGGAUAUAAUCAGCAUGAUUCCCAAGAGCUCCUGGCUUUUUUGUUGGAUGGACUCCACGAAGAUCUCAAUCGUGUAAAAUGCAAGCCUUAUAUAGAAGCCAAGGAUGGGGAUGAUCGACCAGAUAGAGAAGUAGCUGAUGAAUAUUGGCGGAAUCAUUUGGCUCGCAACGACUCUAUAAUUGUUGAUGUAUGCCAAGGUCAAUAUAAAUCAACAUUAGUUUGUCCUCUUUGCAGAAAGGUUUCUGUAACAUUUGAUCCAUUCAUGUACCUAUCUCUACCUCUACCUUCAACAACAAUGCGGACGAUGACUUUAACACUUUUGAAUACCAAUGGGAAUGCUGCACCGUCUCCAUAUACUAUUACUGUGCCAAAGCAUGGAAAAUGUGAAGAUCUUAUCAAGGCUCUAGGCAGUGCAUGUUCUUUAGGGGCUGAUGAGACUUUAUUGGUGGCUGAGAUCUACAACAACCAGAUUAUACGCUAUCUUGAGGAGUCAGCUGAUUCAUUAUCCUUAAUUAGAGAUGAUGACCGAUUGGUAGCCUACCGGUUAUCAAAAGAUACUGGGCAAGUCCCUCUGGUUGUAUUCAUGCAUCAGCGGAGGGAGGAGCAAUACAUCCAUGGGAAACUAACUUCAAGUUGGAAGGCGUUUGGAAUUCCUCUUGCAGCUAGGCUUUGUGAAUCUGUUGAUGGAUCUGAUAUCUACAAUCUUUAUCUAAAUUUACUUAGUCCAUUCCAAAUCCCUGCGGAAGAUGCUAUAGAAGAUUAUGAUAUCUCCAAGGGCACUGCUACUGAAGAAGUUUCAGGAAAAGAGGGUGCCAAAAGUCCUGCUAUAGGUGGAGACGUGAGCCCCUCCAAUGUGAAUGGAGUUGACUCACCAUCAGAUGUUGAACUGCAGUUUUAUUUGACAGAUGAGAAGGGAAUCGUCAAGCACUCCAAACUAGUAAUGAAUGAACCAGUGGCAGUGACGGGAGUGUCCAGGUUGCAUGUGCUUGUAUGUUGGCCAGAAACACAGAUUGAACAUUAUGAUACAGGCCUUCUUAGCUCAUUACCAGAAGUUUUUAAGUCUGGGUUCUAUGCAAAGAGACCUCAAGAGUCUGUUUCUCUGUACAAGUGCCUUGAAGCAUUCUUGCAGGAGGAACCUCUUGGACCAGAAGACAUGUGGUACUGUCCUGGCUGCAAAAAGCAUUGUCAAGCCAUCAAAAAGUUAGAUCUUUGGAGACUGCCAGAGAUUUUGGUUAUUCAUUUGAAGAAAUUCUCGUAUAGCCGGUUCUCAAAGAACAAGCUAGAGACUUAUGUCGACUUUCCCAUUGAUAAUUUUGACCUAUCACCUUAUAUUGCCCAGAGUAAUGGCAUGUCAUGCAAUCGUUACAUGCUUUAUGCGGUUAGUAAUCACUAUGGAAGUAUGGGAGGCGGUCAUUAUACAGCAUUUGUCCAUCACGGCGGUGAUCAGUGGUACGAUUUUGAUGAUAGCCAUGUUCAUCCCGUCAGCCAGGAGAAGAUAAAGUCUUCUGCAGCUUAUGUUCUUUUCUACAGAAGAGUAAUAGAAGUAUGACAUCAGAGUAGAGUUAUUAAUCAUUGAGAAUCCUAUUGAAGCAAGAUAUCUUCAACAUUUUUGGCAUCUUAUCUUACAAGUUUCAUUGAAGUAGUAUUCUUUUAUCCUUGGCAUUGAUUAGUUAAUUGAUAGAGUUUCCAGUGUGAACGAAUUGGAGGUUUAAGCUUAGGGAAGGGGCUGAGGAUGAGUGUAACAUAGUAACAAAGCAGAAAUGAGAGACAUAUUCAAGGGUAUUUUUUACACCUGUAAGAAUUUGUGAAAGAAAGAUCUCUUUAGCUUUAAGUGUAGAAAGUUUUUUUGAAGGGGAUUGCAUCCAAUCCCUGUGAAAGUGUAUUUGUUGAUAUCUUUUAUAUAGCUGGUGAUAGAAGGAAUUUUUGGAUACGCAAUUCAUGAAGUCUUGCAAUUUGGUGUUCCAUUA